UAUGGUAGAGCACCAAUCAGCAUCAAAAAUCUGGUACUCAUCGAAGACGAGCUCAUAGAGAUAUUGCAAGCUGUUGGUGAAUUAUAUAUCGGAAUCUGCAUUGAAUCAUGGCAUCAUCCGAAGGAAUUGGUGUUACAACCGGUCAACCAAAUUUACACAAACAGGACCUAUCUAAACUUGAUGUAACAAAACUUACAGCACUAUCGCCGGAAGUUAUUAGUAGACAAGCUACAAUAAAUAUCGGAACAAUUGGUCAUGUAGCUCAUGGGAAAUCAACUGUGGUUAAAGCUAUAUCCGGUGUUCAAACAGUUAGAUUUAAAAAUGAAUUGGAACGUAACAUUACUAUAAAAUUAGAAAAACUGCAAUUUGAUGUGAACGGGAAGCCAAUAAUACCAGAAGGGAUUCUGAAGAGGAAGAUUAAUGAAAAGGACAAAACAAUUCCUUCAAAGAAGAACCACUUUACUGAACCAAAAACAAAAGUGAAAGUUAAAAGGAAACAUCAAGCAAUUGAUCAAGAGAUUUACUCAAAAGAGUAUAUAGUGGAACAAAUAUUAGCUCAUAAAUAUGAAAAUGGGACUCACAUGUUUCUUGUCAAAUGGAAAGGGUGGUCUGAGAAGAACAACACCUGGGAGCCAUUACAUCAUCUGGAACGCUGUCCAUCAGUUCUGGGAAAUUUUAUCACAGAUAUGCUGGGUAAUCAAGCAUUGAAGAGCUUAUGUAAAAUGCUUAAGGUGUCCAAUAAUUUUCCCGAAAAAAUCCUUGAAAGCCUUAUUCCAUCGGAAGGAUUUUCUGCCCUACCAAAAAAACUUAGCAUUCAAAGAGAGCUUUUGACAGUGCUAUCUGCUUGUCCAAAAGAAAAACAUACAAAAAAACUGAAAAGAGGCAAGGAAGCACUUCUAAUUUAUUUUUUGCAUUUGAAACGUGAAAUACAGCUCAACCGUCUGGCGAUUUGGGAACAAGAAAUGAACAAAGUGGCUUGUGAGAAUGCAGUUAUUAAGGUAGAAAAUAACGUAGACCUGGAAGGCCCCCCCAUAGACUUCGUUUACAUCAAUAACUAUCGGCCCACCGACGGUAUCGUAAUCCCCGAUAAUCCUCCUAUCGGUUGUGGAUGUUCGAAAUGUUCAAAUAAAGAGAAACAUUGUUGCGGAAUGUUUCAGCAACAAACGUACCGUUUCCCUUACAAUUCCAAAGGAAGAAUCAAUCUUCCAAAAGGUACGCCCAUAUAUGAGUGCAACAAAAGUUGCAAAUGCGGUCAUGAUUGUCGCAACAGAGUGGUACAAAGAGGGCGUAACGUUCCUCUAUGUAUUUAUCGUACAAGCAACGGUUGUGGCUGGGGCGUUAAAUGUCUACGAAGAAUAUACACUGGCGAGUAUGUAUGUGAGUAUGUUGGUGAAAUAAUUAGUCAUGAGGAAGCCGAGAGGCGCGGUGCUCUGUACGAUUCGCAAGGACGCACCUAUCUUUUCGAUUUGGAUUUUAAUUCAAACGAUAACCCGUACACUGUGGAUGCUGCACGUUUUGGUAACGUUUCCCAUUUUAUAAAUCAUUCCUGCGAUCCUAAUUUGUCAGUGUGGGCAGUCUGGGUCAAUUGUCUCGACCCAAACAUUCCGAAGUUAGCUCUUUUCGCGACUAGAGAAAUAGCAAAGGGUGAAGAACUGACUUUCGACUACAUGUCCAAUGAUAAAAGUAUGAAACGCCUCGAGCUACCAAAAAAUGAGAAAAAGAAGCAUCGAUCUGUGUGCAAAUGUGGUGCCAAUAAUUGUCGAAAGUACAUUUUUUGACGCCACAUUCAAACGUAGUAUACCUGUAUCUUUUAUAAUCUAUUACAUAAACAUAGUAUGUAAAAUCGUUAGGAUAAGUUUUUAGAAUAAUUACAGAACGGUGUGUUAAAAAGCAUCCUCUUAUUCUUAAUGUAGUUUUUAAUUAAUUUAAUGACUCAUAAGGAAUUUGGAAAUUCGAAGUACUUAUUUCAAUAUUUUUAUCUUUAUUAAGUAACAGAUGUUUGUAUUGGCGGUGUAGGAAGAGUAGGGUGAGACUUGGAUAAGAUUUUUAUUUAUCCUGUACUUUUAUGUUUAAUUGUUAU